AAUGAUUUGUUAAAUGUAGAAAUAACAGAUACUUUACAAACACAACAGGAAGAACAAGCUUUACUAGAGCACCUCUCAUCUUCGACUUCAGCAGACGAACGGCAACUUCAUCAACAUCGACAAGAGGAAGCAAAAGAAGAAUACCAGCAGCGCAAAGAAGAACAGCAAAAACACAAACAAUCACUGGCAAAUUCUCUCUCGAUUCAUAAUCAAAAUGUUGAAUUAAGUAACAUACCUGAAGAAAAGAAUUCAUUUUCGUCGUUGUAUGCUUUAAGUGACCCUAUUGUCGAACAUAACGACAACGAUAAUCAAUCUCAUCUUUUCACAUCAACA